UGUCGUUGGAAACAUUCGCUAUUGUGGGGAUGCUGAUCGGGGGUCUAUCCGGCGUCACGGCGAUCUUUAAACGGGACGAGCUGACGCGGUCGCCGUGUCGGUAGUCCUUACGGGAACGGAUUGAACGGAUUUAUUUCGGAUUUAUUUCGGAAGGAUUUUGGAGACUGAGGGCCGGAGAGGGGUCGGCUGCACCCCCCCCUCCGAAUAUGUCACCUAACGGCCAACCCUCGGGCGUCGUGCGCGUGUAAACAGAUCCUCACACGUGACCACCGCGAGCCGCGACUCCGCAUUGUCUGUGGACACAAAGGCCGCGCGAGCCACCGGGAGAGGAUGACGAGCGGCAGAGGCGCGCUUUAUCAUUCGGACGGCGGUCGAAAGUCGACGAAAGGUGUCGGUUUUAAUCGGCGGGUUUCUGUUUAGUUAUUCGACGAGAGCCUGAGUGAAACUCGACUCAAAAACAAACGCGUUUUGGCCCAGCUGGACUGAACUGAAGCUCAGCUCGACGCUGAGGGCGAAGUGGCGUCAAGUCGGUCCGACGGUCGUUUUAAACGUUGGUGAAAAUAUUCGUUAGCGUUAGCUGUGGCCAUCCGUGAAAUGUCCUUCACAAUGGAGGACUCUUUGGAGUCGGAAUGGGUUUCCGUGCGACCGAAUCUCUUCGACGAAAAGGAAAAGCACAAAUUUGUUUUCAUAGUGGCCUGGAACGACAUUGAGGGUAGGUUUGCCAUCACCUGCCACAACAGGACCGUCCAGAAGCGGAGCGCCGUCCGGGACUCGCUGCUGGACGCUACCGAGGGCGAACUCGCCUCCGCGGGGACCGGGGAGUUUGACAGAGAACGGCGCAGACCUUCACUCGAGAGUCCUGUGAAGGAGAGGGCUUUAAAAAGCCCGGCCAGAGACAAGGCUGAAGUUUGCAUCUCUCUAACCGUUCGCUCCAUCCCGGUGAAAGACCAAGCCGUGACAAAGAGCCCGUUAAGGGACAAGGCGUCGGAUAAAUCUAGGCCCGCAAGAAGUCCUAGCAAAGUGGCCGGGACAGGGGACGCAGCGUCCGCGGCUGGUGGUGACAUGGAGGUUUUGGAGCCCACCACUGUUCUUGGAGAUGGCCGUUCACCAGCAGACGAGACGGAUGGUUUGGAGGACCUGGACACCAACAUUCGCGAAGACUUCAGCUGGGCCGGCUUGUUUUCCUUCCAGGACAUGAGAGCCGCUCAUCUGCAGCUGUGCGCGGUCAACUCCGACCUGGAGCCGUGCCUGCCCCCGUUCCCCGAGGAGCGGUCCGCCAUGUGGUCCGUCUUUUUUGGCGCUCCGGAAGUCACGCAGCGCGAGAUGGAAGCGCUCUGUUACCAGCUACAGGUGUACCUGGGCCACGCGCUGGACACCUGUGGCUGGAAGAUUCUUUGUCAGGUGCUUUUCACCGACAGCGACGACUCGGAGGAGUACUACGAGAGUCUGAGCGAGCUGCGGCAGAAGGGCUACGAGGACGCGCUUCAGAGAGCCAAGAAGCGCCUUCAGGAGUUGCUGGAGAGACAGCGGGCGAUGGAGAGCAUGGUGGAGCUGCUGCAGUUGUAUACGGAGCAGGACGAGGCAUAUGGAGACCUGGUGGAAGCCACCACCGAGCUCUACCAUUACUUGCUGCAGCCGUUCAGAGACAUGCGGGAGCUUGCCAUGCUGCGGAGACAGCAGAUAAAGAUAUCCCUGGAGACGGAGUACCUGGGCCCACGGCGGGUGGAGGCGCUCAGAAGGGAGGACGAGGACUGGCAGAGGAAGGCCCACACAGCUGUGCUCUCCAUCCAGGACCUCACCGUCAAAUACUUUGAGACCACAGCACGGGCGCAGAAAGUGAUGUACGAGCGCAUGCGUGCUGACCAGAGGAAGUUUGGGAAGGCUGCGUGGGGAGCUGCGGUGGAGCGCAUGGAGAAAUUGCAGUAUGCUGUUUCCAAGGAAACGCUGCAACUGAUGCGCGCCAAGGAGAUCUGUCUAGAACAGAGGAAACAUGGACUGAGAGAGGAGAUGCAGGGCCUACAGGGCGGGGAGGAUGCCAUGGCGCGGCUGGACCAGCUGGAGGCGCUGUACUACGAGCUGCAGCUGCAGCUGUAUGAGAUCCAAUUCGAGAUCCUGAAGUGCGAAGAGCUGCUACUGACCGCACAGCUGCAGAGUCUGCGCAGACAGAUGAGCGAAAGGCAAGAUGAGGUGGUGUACUAUGACACGUAUGAGAGUCCUGACGCCAUGCAGUCCACCGAUGACCCAUCCCUCGCUCUCACACCCCUCAGAGACGACGUCUCCCAGCUCCAGCAGAGGACACGUCAACUGGAGGCCAGGAGGGGGCGCAUCACUGCUAAGAAAGCCUACCUCAAAAACAAAAAGGAAAUAUGCAUUGUGAAUCACACCCAGAAACUGCAGCAACGCCAGAGCGGCCAGGACUACGACUCCCAGCAUGCUUUCCAGCAGCAGGAUGAAGAUGAAGAUGAGGAUGUGAGGAGCACUCGGGUGAGCCAAGAGAGGCAGAAAACACUCGACAGACUGCGCACCUUUAAACAGCGCUACCCAGGACAGGUCACCCUGAAAUCGACCCGCCUUCGGCUGGCGUCCACCCGAAAGAAGAGCGUCUGUGCGAAGGUAGAGCAGCCCCAGACGCAGGUGGCCAGCGUGCAGACGGACGACGCCCCGGCGCCCCUCCCACCGUCCGCCACCAUGCCAGAGCUCCGGAGACCCGAGGGCUUUGCCUCCCUGUCCCCUCCAGGCACCUCCAUUCUGGAGAUCCCAGGGCCGUCCUCCCUACCGCCAGCCCGGGAGCUGACCCUGCUCGACUCCUCCACCUCGCCCAUGUCGCCCCCUCCUCCCCCUCCGCCUCCACCCCCCCCACCACAGCCAGCCUCACUGGAGGACGCCCCCGGGGACAGGCAGGUGGGCAGCCCCGUGCACCAGCCCAAGGCGGAGAGCCCCCUCGCCCCUUUCUCUGCUCGCUUUUUUGACAGCAGUCAGCUGGUGAAUGCCCGGAAGAAGCUAAGGAAAACAUCCUCACUGGAGUCGUCCCAGUGGAGGAGAGCGAGCUCCCCCAUGGACGAGGUCCUCGCCAGCCUGAAGCGUGGGAGUUUCCACCUUCGGAAGGCGGAGGCACGCGUGCUGGCCCCUGACCCGGACGAGGACGACAGCAACAACAUCCUGGCCCAGAUCCGCAAGGGCGUCAAGCUUCGCAAGGUGCUUCUGCAGGAGCAGCAGCGCGGCCACAAGGGGGCGCUGUCGGACUCGAGCGACCCGCUGACACGCAGCAUCCACGAGGCCCUGCGGCGCAUCAAAGAAGCCUCGCCCGAGUCUGAGUCUGAGGACGAGGGGCUGCCCUGCACGGACUGGGAGAGCUAGGUCACUCCACACGCGCGCGCACAAAUGCUAGCACACAGAUGAGCAUCUGCAUAGGCACAAAUUAUGUAUUCAUAUUGUACACACACCACUUAGUUAGUUCACAAUUAGAAAGUCUCACAUACACGUUUUAACCUCAACUUUAUUCAAAUGACCUAAUUAUCAUAUUUCACACAAUUCACUCGGGGUGGACACUGGUUUUGUAAAAACAAGAUUCGAUACAUUGUUGUGAAGCUGUUUACCCAGGAUGCUGGGUAUUUACCUCACAGCGUAUUUGAGUUAUUUUACCAAACACACAGACCACUGACCACGUGCACCCACCUAGUUUCAAGAGCCCAUCAGAAUUCAUUCACAUGUGUCUCUGUCUCUGUCUCUCUCUCUCUCUGUGUGUGUGUGUGUGUGUGUGUGUGUGUGUGUGUGUGUGUGUCUUUCUUUUUGUCAUGUCAGUUCACCAUUCCUUAGUUGUGUUAAGAAGAAUAUCUCCUGCCUCAUCAGUAAAAAAAAUAUAUAUAUAUUUUGCCAGCUUCAACAUUCACAUCAGCUUAUAUUGUUUGUUGAACAUUAAACACAGCACAAUAAUCAUUUAUCUCUCUUGGCCUUGGACAAUAUCCCACUCAUCAGAGACGUCAUGGAGGGUUUCGUCAGGGCAAUAACAAACCAGUGAUAUAAUGCAUCAUGAUUCAAGUUCUUGUCAUUGGUAGCCCAUGUCUGAGAGUGCACAGCCCCUCUGAAGUCUGAAGUGAGGGAUAUUUUCUCUACUCCAGCAGAUGUCCUCUCUGGUUGUGAUUUGAGGGAUUUUUUUUCCAAGUUUAAGCUUGCUGGUCAUGAGGCUGAGAAACCUGGCCAGGAGCGAUGCACUUGUGCCACCUAGAGUCAACCUCUUAUAUUUACAAUGUUCACCAGUGUUGCUUUUAGAUUUUUUUGUUUAUAUUUGGGAUUUCUUUGCUUGGAUUUUAAGUUUGUUGGGUGUAUUUUCAAGUCUUUCAGUCUUUCGUGUUCCACCAGAUCACUUUACCAAGAUCCAGAUUGGCAUCACUUCUUUAUUGUGGAAGACUAAAGUGUUUGUUUCUUUUCUUUUCUUUGAGUUGGAAUGGACAUUCUACCUGUUAUCCAUCUGAAGUGCAACAUGUUCAUAACUAGAUGUGUGCAGGUGCGCACCCGCAGGUGUGCUCCUGCAGGAGUACAGGUGUGCUCUGAGUGGUCCCCAGUGUUUGGAGCAGUGAUAAUCCUGUUCCAGCCAGCACAAACUCCUAGAGCUCACACGGGAGUGCUGGCGUAAAACGCCAGAGCCAUUUCUUGAAUAUGAUGGAAACGUCUCUGUCUCAGACACCUUCUGCCAGUUUCUCUUCAGGCCUGAGUUCGAACUUUGUUAAGGUGUUGCACUGAAUCUAAAGGUCAGUACGAAACCCUUGUGCAGGUCUGAAUCGGAAGAGUUCACUUUCCUUAGUAAAGGUCCUUCCACACCUCUUUGACUGUUUAGUGUUGCAGGCUACUAAAACCAAGUAAGUUUGUGUUUGAGGUUCCUCCA